GGACUGAAGUGGGCUGUGAUCACGUUCUUAACAUGUUAUCGCGAGAGGUGAGCAGUAGUAUAAAUUCCCUGGUCGAUCGGUCCUGUGAGCUCCUGCUCUCUGCGGUGUGUGUUGGUGUGGUGUGAUCAAAACUGAGUCAGACUGAAGAUGGCUGCAGGCAAGGCACAAAUUGGAAAGUUGGCCCCAGACUUUACAGCCAAGGCGGUGAUGCAAGACGGACAGUUCCAGGACCUGAAACUGUCAGACUACAGAGGGAAAUAUGUUGUCUUUUUCUUCUAUCCACUGGACUUCACCUUUGUGUGUCCAACGGAGAUCAUUGCUUUCAGUGAUGCGGCCGAUGACUUCAGGAAAAUCGGCUGUGAGAUCAUCGCCGCCUCCGUUGACUCACACUUCUCCCAUUUCGCGUGGACCAACACACCUCGUAAGCAGGGCGGCCUGGGUUCCAUGAAGAUUCCCUUGGUGUCUGACACACGGCGCACCAUCUCCACAGAUUAUGGUGUCCUGAAGGAGGAUGAGGGCAUCGCUUACAGGGGUCUGUUCAUCAUUGACGACAAGGGCAUCCUGAGACAGAUCACCAUCAACGACCUCCCAGUUGGACGCUCUGUGGAGGAGACCAUGCGUUUAGUCCAAGCCUUUCAGUUCACUGACAAGCACGGAGAAGUCUGCCCAGCCGGCUGGAAACCAGGAAGCGACACCAUCAAACCUGACGUCCAGAAGAGCAAAGACUUCUUCUCCAAGCAGUAAUAAGCCCAUGGCCAGAGUCUGCUGCCUGCUGUAGGAGAUUUCAUUUAGAGAUUACAUUUCCAGAGAACAAUAUUUAAGUCACCCGCUGUGCCUGUGAAGGAGUGGUUUGGAGUUUUUGUAGUCAACAUGCUGUGUGUGUGUUCUGUUGUCUGUAGAGUGAGUAGUGCACUUAUGGCCAAAGCAUAUAAUUGUCUAAUUAUAUUGCGGUAAUGUUUGCUAUUUUCACUGUCAGACUGAGAUAAAUAUCCGUUUGUUCUUUCAUGUCAUUCCUUACUAUUGUUAGAUGCAAAGGACCAUACAAACAGUUCUAUUGGAAGAAUCUCUCUCCAUUAUGUUGUACUUUUUUCUUUUUUUUUAUAGUCAACAACACAUGUUCUUGUUCAAAAUAAACAAUUCAGUUUAUAACACU